UUGAAAAAAAUAAAAACGGUGAGAGGGGAGAAAAAAAAGCUCACGGGUAGAAAAAAGAGCGGGAGAGAAACAGAGACUUAAUAAUGUCUGAGGAAAAACCAAAGGAAACUGUGAAGACUGAAAAUGACCAGAUCAAUCUUAAAGUGGCAGGACAAGAUGGUUCUGUGGUUCAGUUUAAAAUAAAGAGACACACUCCUCUCAGCAAAUUAAUGAAAGCAUACUGUGACAGACAGGGUUUGUCAAUGCGGCAAAAAAGAUUUAGGUUUGAUGGACAACCAAUCAAUGAAACAGACACCCCUGCACAGCUGGAAAUGGAAGAUGAAGAUACUAUUGAUGUAUUUCAACAACAGACAGGUGGUGCGUGCUGAAAAAGAAGAAAAUAAAAGCGCUCUUUUUGUGA